UUCCCUCGGGUGGAGCAACUUGCCAGGGGCAAGGGGCCCACCCACUGGCUACUGGCCCUCACUGGGCUGGCCAAUGGUGAGAUGAAGACUGCCUGUCCCCCUUAGUACCAGACUCAUGAGAGCCAGCCAUUUCUCUCAGACCACACCAAAGGGCUCAGAAUGCUACUGCUGCAAGCUGUCCUGCUCCUCUUAACCCUGCCCAGCCAUGCUGAAGUUGCGGUUGCCACGACCGAAGGACCUGGAGUCCUGGUCCCUCCACCCAAGGGAACAUGUGCAGGCUGGAUGGCUGGCAUCCCAGGACAUCCUGGCCACAAUGGGACACCAGGCCGUGACGGCAGAGACGGCACUCCUGGAGAGAAGGGGGAGAAAGGAGAUGCAGGUCUCCUUGGUCCCAAGGGUGAGACGGGAGAUGCCGGAAUGACCGGAGCUGAAGGGCCUCGGGGCUUUCCCGGAACUCCCGGCAGGAAAGGAGAGCCCGGAGAAGGCGCUUAUGUGUAUCGGUCAGCCUUUAGCGUAGGGCUGGAGACCCGAGUCACCGUCCCCAACGUCCCCAUUCGUUUUACGAAGAUCUUCUACAACCAACAGAAUCAUUAUGACGGCAGCACUGGCAAAUUCUACUGCAACAUCGCCGGGCUUUACUACUUCGCCUACCACGUCACAGUCUACAUGAAGGAUGUGAAGGUGAGCCUCUUCAAGAAGGACAAAGCUAUUCUCUUCACCUACGACCAGUAUCAGGAGAAGAACGUGGACCAGGCCUCUGGCUCUGUGCUCCUCCACCUGGAGGUGGGCGACCAAGUCUGGCUCCAGGUGUACGGGGAAGGCGACCAUAACGGACUCUACGCAGAUAACGUCAACGAUUCCACCUUCACAGGCUUCCUUCUCUACCAUGAUACCAACUGAUGGCCGCUAACUCAGAGCUUCUCAGAGCCUAAGCACCCCCAAGAAUCAAUGACUAGCUUUCCGUAUAGUUCGAAGGACUGAUUUUGUUGUUUAGUUGGAGGCUUCUGAAUAUU